GCAUGUAGAACAAUAUAUGCUAGCAUGUAUAGUAUUUCUUCAGCCCUUGGCAGUCUAACCUGCAGUGUGCGUGCGUUUUAGAGGAGAAAAAACGAUUACUUUGAUAAUCUUACCAUUUGAAAAAUGAGUCGGUUUUUUGCUACUGGAUCAGACUCUGAGUCUGAUACUGCCUCAGAAGAAGAACAGAUUCAAAAAGCACCAACUGCAGCUUUCACGUUCAGCGAUGAAGAAGAAGAAACAAAAAGAGUUGUACGCUCUACAAAAGAAAAACGAUAUGAAGAAAUUGCUAAUCUGAUCAAACUUAUAAGGAACUAUAAAAAGAUUAAAGAUAUGAGUAGCAUGCUUUCCAGUUUUGAAGACUUGAUGCGUGCUUAUCAGAAGGCAUUGCCUGUAAUAGCAAAAGAAGAAGGUGGUCAGACACCUCGUUUUUAUAUCAGAUGUUUAGUAGAAAUGGAGGAUUUCAUCAAUGAAGUAUGGGAAGAUCGUGAAGGACGUAAAAAUAUGUCAAAAAAUAAUUCAAAAUCAUUGACUUCUUUGCGUCAAAAACUUCGUAAAUAUAAUAAAGACUUUGAGGAAGAUAUAGCCAAAUUUAGAGAAAAUCCAGAUCAGGAUGAUGAUGAAGAGGAAGAAAAACCUGAAGAAAUUGUACAAUCUGAAGAUGAGGAUGAUAGUGCAGUAGCUUUUAAGAAAGCUGGAUCUGAAGCAAGUGAACCAGAUAUAUCUAAAUUUAAGAAAAGUGUAGUUGACGGCGAAGAUGGCAGCGAAAGCGAGUCCGAUUGGGGCAGUUCUUCGGAUAGCGAAAGCACUAGCAGCGAGGAUGAAGGCCAAUAUCAAAAUAUACGUGAACGAUUUAUUAAAAGAGCCGCGGAUAAAGAAGACGAAGAAGAUAAAGUAAAACGAAAGGAACAACGAAAGGAACGUAAAGAAAAAGAGAGGAAAAAGAAGAAAGACGAGGAUGAUGGAGAAGGCGAAUGGGAAACGGUUAAAGGCGGAGUAGCUAUUCCAUCCGAGAAACCGAAAAUGUUUGCAAAGGAUGCUGAAAUUAAUGUAGCUGCUGUACUAAAAAAACUUUCGGAAAUUAUCGCAGCUCGCGGUAAAAAACGUACAGAUAGACGGGAACAAAUCGAAUUAUUGCAUGAAUUACAAUCCAUAGCCGACGCGCACAAUCUUGGACCAGCUGUAGCAGUAAAGAUUAAAUUUUCCAUUGUAUCUUCUAUUUUCGAUUACAAUCCUAAAGUAUCAGACGCGAUGAAGCCCGAGUAUUGGUCAAAGAUAUUAGAACGUAUAAUGGAAAUGCUUUAUAUGCUUUUGAGCACUAAAGAUAUGAUAAUUGCUGAAGUCAUUUCCGAGGAAACUGAGGAAUAUGAAACUCCCCCGUAUAAAAUACACGGAUGUGUGUUAACUUUAGUAGAACGAUUGGAUGAAGAAUUUACGAAGUUACUAAAAGAAUGUGAUCCACACAGUAAUGAAUAUGUUGAAAGAUUGAAAGAUGAGAAACAAGUAUCUGCUAUAAUAGACAAAGUUCAAGAGUAUUUAGAAGGGCAAGGAACUGUUUCAGAACUUUGCCGCGUAUACCUGCGUAAAAUUGAACAUUUAUAUUAUAAAUUUGAUCCUAACGUUCUUAAACAGAAAGAGGGAGAGCUUCCGCCAGAUGUUGUAACGUCUGUACAGGUUAUGGAAAAACUGUGUAAAUACGUUUAUGCGCACGAUGGGACAGAUAGACUUCGAACUCGUGCGAUUCUUUCCCACAUUUAUCAUCAUGCUCUUCACGAUAAUUGGUUUCAAGCGCGUGAUUUAAUUUUAAUGUCUCAUUUACAGGAGACUAUUCAGCAUUCCGAUCCAGCUACGCAAAUUUUGUAUAACAGAACUAUUGCUCACUUGGGCUUAUGUGCAUUCCGUCACGCAAAUAUUAAAGACGCGCACAAUUGUUUGGUUGAUUUAAUGGUAACCGGCAAAGUAAAAGAACUUUUGGCACAGGGGCUUCUUCCGCAAAGACAGCACGAACGUAGCAAAGAACAAGAAAAAAUUGAGAAACAACGACAAAUGCCAUUUCACAUGCACAUAAACUUGGAACUUCUUGAAUGUGUUUAUUUAGUUUCUGCAAUGCUCAUUGAAAUUCCAUAUAUGGCUGCACACGAGUUCGACGCAAGAAGAAGAAUGAUUUCAAAAACUUUUUAUCAACAGUUAAGAUCCAGCGAGCGUCAAUCGCUAGUUGGUCCCCCGGAAUCUAUGCGUGAACACGUUGUGGCAGCGGCAAAAGCAAUGCGUAAUGGAAAUUGGUUAGCUUGCAAUAACUUUAUUAUCAACGAAAAGAUGAACGCCAAAGUUUGGGACCUCUUUUACCAAGCGGAUAAAGUUCGUGAUAUGCUUACGAGAUUAAUUAAAGAAGAAGCACUAAGAACAUAUCUGUUUACGUAUUCGCACGUCUACGAUUCAAUUUCAAUGCCAAAAUUAGCAGAAAUGUUUCAACUGAAACGACCGGUUGUUCAUUCCAUUAUCAGUAAAAUGAUUAUCAAUGAGGAGUUAAUGGCAUCUUUAGACGAUCCAACAGAAACUGUUGUAAUGCAUCGUAGUGAACCAAGCCGCUUGCAAUCCUUAGCGUUACAGCUUACCGACAAAGUUAACAACUUUGUCGAUUCCAACGAACGUAUUUUCGAAAUGAAACAAGGAAAUUUCUUUUCAAGAGGAAAUCAAGGAAACUUCCGAGAUAGACAAAAUUAUAAUCGACAAGGACAAGAUUGGGGUCGUCAAAGACGCGAUCGUGACAGAGAUCGUAAUCGGGAAGAGAAUCGAAAUUAUUAAAUUAGAAUCAAAUAUUAAAUGUUAUUUAUUUGGGUGUUUAACAUUGGAUUAUUAUUGCGCCGUGUAUGCACUCGUGUAAAUAACAUUGAGAAUAACAGUAUAAAAAAGUAACUGUAUAUUGUUUCAGUGUAUUGUUGAAACAACCAUACUUCCACAGUUGUGGUUUUUUACAUAUAAAAUAUUCUAUUUAUCAUA